CGGCAGCAGACUGUAUGCUGCAUUGUGGUUAAUGUAGUUCCGCUGCGCGCCCGCGUCAUGCUCAGGUCCAUGGGAAAGACUACACAGCUCCCCUGCAGUGACCCUGGUUCAGGGCUUUCAGGGAGAAACGAAUCAAGGAAAUGUGUUAUAUUUCAGCGGUUACAUUGAUAUAAAUACAUUAAAUUAUUUCACACUUACUCUAUCUAUACGUGUCACAUGUAUGAGAGAAACGUAAGCCGUACAUGUACUGGCUAGCUACUGUGACAGAAUGAAUGUCCCCAUUGAUUUCAGAACAAAAUCAAGUGCGAUGUUUGUAAAAAUGUGCCUGUUAGUCAAAUGUUUUAGCACAUGUUUUUCGUAUUUUAUAUUGCCAUGACUUCCAUGUUAAUUUGGCAGCUGCAGAUUCCUGUGAUAUUUCUAAAGUAAGUUACUUGUUUAAUUAUCAUAUUGUUUGUUACCGGGACCAGGCAGAGUUAGUGGCUAAUACUAAGGUAAAACAUAUAAUAACAAUAACUUAACCUAAGCUUAAAUUAACUUUAGGAAGUGUACAUAAUCUCUGUUUAGACCAAGAACAAAGUUUUCGUCUAUUUGAAAACUAGUUAGGCGCGCCGCGGUCUACUAUGUGGGGUCCUGCCGCUUGCACCCUCCUCGUUACCAUGGGAACCCUUCUACAACGCUAUGAGCUGUGACGCUAAACCUUUAACUCAAGACUUUCCAGACAUGUCACCACACAAACAUAUUAAGUUUCCGCCACUAGCGCCGUUACAGAAUCAAAGUGAUCAGAAUGACUGCAAUUCAGGGGGAGAGCGAGAUGGAGGAUGUGGUGUUACAGGUGUUGUAACUGACCAAGCAGCUGCAGCAAGAAAGUUGUGUUUUUCAGGAAGCAGUCACAUUUAUGCAGGUACAGACAGAAAGCCCCGACUGCUGAUGUACAUGGAAAGUUAUUUGAACAAGGAGCUCCAUUCUAUCAGCCCCCAAGAGCCAAAGUACCAGGAACUAAAGCUACAGGUCCACCGUGAUAUCUUCGGUUGUUACAUCAAGGAGUUUCAAACCUACCAACCCAUCCUCUCUGCCAUCAGGAAGGAGUAUGAAAACAUGUUAGCCUAUCAGCAGGAUCAAAUCCAAGAACUGGAACCACUGCGAUCCCACUUGAGGCUGGUGAGGGAGGAAUGUGAGAGGAAGAUUCAGGCUCGCUGGGGAGAGGAGCGAGCUGAGAUUGGAGCCUUGAAAAGGGAGAAGCAGCAGCUGCAGAGAGACAUUGAGGCCAUGAGGGAAAACGAAAAGGCCACGCAGACGGUGGUAGAACAUGUGCAACGUGAGCUGUCAAAGCAGUAUCUGCGGUACAGAGAGGAGCGCGAUGCUCGCAGGUUGCUGAUUGGGCAGCUCAGUGACCUGACAAGAGCGACUGUGAAGACGGAGACCCCCGCAGGUGACAACGCAGAAGAGGAUAAAGACCCAGUGGAGCUGCAGCUCGCUCUGAAGGUGUGUCGGGUUGACCUGACCAGAGCUCAGGAGGAGCUCAGCAAGAUGAAGGCAGAGUACUGGGAUGUUGUGCCGCGACGUAACUGGGACACGCUGGAAGAAACGCACAAGCAGACUCUCCUGCAGUUGCACACACUACAGGCUGAUUUUAAUCAGGUGAAGAGUGAGUACGACACACUGCUGGAGCUGCACAACAACAGAGGCGAUGUGAAGGUGGAGACUCUCGACUCCACAAGUGUGCAGCAGCUUGAAACUUCUGAUGAGCCAGCUUUACCUCCAGCUCUUGACCAAUCGGAGGAAAACGCAGAAUCCAAUGAUUUUCCAGCGAGCAACUGAUGUGGAGUUUGAAAUUCACUGUUGCUUAUUCUUGAAUCACACAAAAAACAAAUAUGUACAGUAGAUAUUAUAAAUACAAGAAUAAAAAAAAGUGCCAUUCAUCUCCAUUUUACUAGGAUCAUCCAAUAAACACACACAUAAACUGUUAUUCA